CUCUCUCCAUGACUAUAAUAACUAUUUCCAUUACCUUGUAUUAUAUUGUAGCUAACACCUACUCACAAGGGGAGAGAGACAGAGACUGGGACAGAGAUGGGAGGGAUUCUGGCUUACGUUCUCAUCUUUCUCAUAAGUGUAGUGUCUUAUAUAAUUAAGAUAAGAAAAAAGAAAAAACCCACUAAAGGAAUUAAGCUCCCACCAGGAUCAAUGGGUUGGCCUUGCAUUGGAGAGACUCUUCAACUCUACUCUCAAGACCCAAAUGUCUUCUUUGCAUCCAAACAAAAAAGGUAUGGAGAAAUAUUCAAGACCCAUAUUCUUGGUUGCCCGUGUAUUAUACUGGCUAGCCCAGAGGCAGCUCGGUUUGUGCUUGUGACUCAAGCUCACUUGUUCAAGCCAACAUAUCCCAAAAGUAAGGAACAUUUGAUUGGUCCAUCAGCUCUUUUUUUCCAUCAAGGAGAGUACCAUAUUCGUCUAAGGAAGUUGGUUCAGAGCUCCUUGUCUCUGGAUUCAAUCCGAAACUUGGUUGCUGAUAUUUCAUCCACAGCAGCCUCUACCUUAGAUUCAUGGGAUGGUGGACAUGUCCUUAACACCUUUCAAGAAAUGAAAAAGUUUUCUUUUGAAGUAGGAAUACUAGCAAUUUUUGGCAAUUUGGAAGCCCAAUAUAGAGAAGAAAUGAAAAGGAACUACAGAAUAGUGGAUAAAGGCUAUAAUUCCUUUGCAACAAGCCUCCCAGGAACUCCUUACAGGAAGGCAGUGCUGGCAAGAAAGAGAUUAAGCAAGAUUCUUGGUGAUAUUAUUCGUGAAAGAAAAGAGAAGAGAUUGCUUGUAAAGGAUCUCUUCGGUUGUCUAUUGAACUCGAAAAAUGAGAAAGGAGAACUCCUUACCGAUGAUCAAAUUGCGGAUAACAUUAUUGGAGUGUUUUUUGCUGCUCAAGACACCACAGCUAGUGCCAUGACAUGGAUUGCCAAGUAUCUCCAUGACAACCAGAAAGUUCUAGAGGCUGUAAAGGCCGAACAGGACGCAAUUCGCAAAUUGAAUGAUGAAAGUAAUCAGCCAUUGAGUUGGAGUCAAACGAGAAACAUGCCAUUUACUCAUAAGGUUGUGUUGGAGAGCUUGAGAAUGGCAAGCAUUAUAUCCUUCACUUUUAGAGAAGCAGUGGCUGAUGUCGAGUACAAGGGGUACCUGAUUCCCAAAGGUUGGAAGGUGAUGCCUUUGUUCAGGAAUACUCAUCACAAUCCAGAAUAUUUUAGAGAUCCUCAAAAAUUUGAUCCAACAAGGUUUGAGGUGGCACCAAGACCCAAUACAUUUAUGCCAUUUGGAAGUGGACAACAUGCUUGUCCAGGAAAUGAACUUGCCAAGUUGGAGAUGCUUAUCAUGAUCCACCAUUUGCUCACCAAGUUCAGGAACUCCUUUUCCUGUAACAAUACGUUGGAUCUUAGAUUCAAUGGUUUAUCACCUCAGUAAGAUCAACAUAUGUAAAAGAUACUACAGAGGACGUCGGAGAUCUGUAACAAUUCGCAGGAACUCUUUUUCCUGUAAAAAUAUUGCCCAAUCUCUGUACAAGACAUUGACGAGGGCUUUUUGUAUUUUGGUUCGCAGGUGGGAAGUAGUGGGAUCUCAAAGUGGGAUUCAGUAUGGCCCGUUCCCCGUGCCAUUGCAUGGACUUCCAGCCAGAUUUUGGAAAGAACAUACCAGCUAGGAUAUAGGCGCUCUAGAUAAAUAAGCUGAGAUGCUAUUUGUCUCCAAAUUCACUUUUCAUUUUAACAAAAAAUAAAUACUGUAUUCCUUUUUAGCCGAGUAUUUAUUAUUUUUGCUCCUAAUGAGCAAUAGUCCUAUGUUUUUCUUCAA